AUGAACAUGGAGACCCAGAAAAAGUUUGGCGUGGUGGUAGUUGGCAUUGGCAGAGCUGGUUCUGUGCGGAUGAGGGACCUACGUGAUUCUCAUGCUUCCUCAGCAUUCCUGAAUCUGAUUGGCUUUGUGUCCAGACGAGAGCUUGGAAACAUUGAUGCGGUUCCACAAAUUUCUCUGGAAGAUGCCCUUUCCAACCAGGAGAUUGAAGUCGCCUACAUCUGCAGUGAGAGUUCCAGCCAUGAGAGCUACAUUAGGCAGUUCCUGAGUGCUGGCAAGCAUGUCCUUGUCGAGUACCCCAUGACGCUGUCUCGGGCAGCAGCUCAGGAACUCUGGGAGCUGGCUGAGCAGAAAGGAAAAAUCUUACAUGAGGAGCAUGUUGAACUUUUGAUGGAAGAAUUUGCAUUCCUGAAGAAAGAGGUGGUGGGGAAAGAACUAUUGAAAGGAUCUCUCCUCUUCACAGCUCACCCUUUGCCGGAAGAGUGCUUUGGUUUCCCAGCAUUCAGUGGUAUUUCUCGCUUGACCUGGCUGGUCUCCCUCUUUGGGGAGCUUUCUCUUGUGUCUGCCACUUUGGAAGAGCGAAAGGAAGACCAAUAUAUGAAGAUGACUGUGUACUUGGAGACUGAGAGCAAACACCCGCUGACAUGGACUGAAGAGAAAGGGCCUGGCCUGAAGCGGAACAGAUACUUAAGUUUCCACUUUAAAUCUGGGUCUCUGGAGAAUGUGCCCAAUGUAGGAGUCAACAAGAACAUUUUUCUGAAAGAUCAAAAUAUAUUUGUGCAAAAACUCUUGGGCCAAUUCUCUGAGGAAGAGCUGGCUGUGGAGAAAAAGCGUAUCCUGCACUGCCUGGGGCUUGCUGAGGAAAUACAGAAACACUGCCGCCCCAAGAAGUAG